GUACCAUUUGGUUGUUUCACAAGAUAGUCGUGCCGCCGUUGCCAUACAUUGUGCUAAAAUGAAAGGGAUAUUGACAAGCAUUUUUAUUCUGCUAUAUACUGCUGAGAUUUUUGUUUCCGGAACAACUACGUGUUGCCCAAAUGAUUAUUUAUCAUUUCUCGGAUCAUGCUACCAUUUCGGACGCAAUCCCUAUAGCUUCGUUGAAUCUGAACACUAUUGUCAGCAACAUGGCGGCCACCUUGUGCAUAUUAAUAAUGCAAUGGAGAAUGACUACCUCAAAGACCAUGUUACGUUUAUGAAAGUAGGUUACACAUGGUGGAUUGGUUUAACCGAUGAGCUGGUGGAAGGCCAUUUCAUGUGGAGAGACGAUGACUCGAUUGUUACAUAUUCUGAUUGGGAUAAUGAUCAGCCUAAUGGUGGUCCAGAAGAUUGUGUAGGCUUUUAUAAUAAAGGCGAAGGCAACGGCUUCCGGUGGCAUGACCUUGAUUGCGGAAAUCGCGGUUUCUAUCCUAUCUGUGAAUCGAGCCAAACAGAACCCGAGGUGAUUGUCGGGAAAUGAACGAAACCUGUGCUUUGAUGCGUUCAUAAAUGUAACAUGUGAAAUAAAACUUCAAUUAUAAA